AUGAGGCCUCUGUCACAACUCUCAGAACCUAACUUCCUUCAUCUUCGACUCUUUGAUCGGAGCUCUCACAUCUAUAGUAGAAUUCUUCUUUCUGUCGGCUAUCUGGCCUCUGAUAACUACACUUUCAUGUUCUUGGUUCGCACCUCUGCUCAGCUAUUAGCGCAUGGGAUUGGUUCAUCUACACAUGGUGCCAUUGCGAAAUAUGGAUUUGAGCAUGAGCCACAUGUUCAAAGUGGCCUGAUUUACAUAAACACAGGAUUGGGUGGUUUGGUUGCUUGCCAUUGGGUGUCUUCAUCAAUUUGUGAGCCAGAUUUGGUGUGUCAAACGGCAAUGGUCAGUACAUGUGCCAAGGUGGGAGAUUUUGCUUUUAAGCCAUUCGAUAAAAUGCCCCACAAGGACCCUAUUGCAUAG